CGGAAGUGACGCGAGGGAGGGGAAGUUUCUCAGCAGAGCGGAGAAGGCGGCGGCAGCGGCGGCGGCGGCCUGGAGAGGGUCGUUUGAGCCAUGUCAACGGGGAGCGCGGGGCAGCGAGAGCAUGGGGCCUCGGGAGGGCGACGCAGCAAAUGGGACCAGCCUGGCCCGUCUCCGGCUCUCUUCCUCCUUCCUGCAACCACUCCUGUGGCUGGCCGGCCUGUCCAGGGCAGUGGAGAUAGUGUAUCUGGGAUGUCAGGGUCUGAGGGCUCAGCGGCCCCACUGGGAGCUCUGGAUGCAGCCGCUGCCGUGGCAGCCAAAAUCAAUGCCAUGUUAAUGGCCAAAGGGAAGCUGAAACCAACUGCGAAUUCAACGGACAAGCUUCAGGCUCCUGGAAAAGGACCGGCUGCGAGCAAAAGCAAAGAUGAUCUUGUCGUUGCAGAAGUGGAGAUAAACGACGUGCCACUCACGUGCCGCAACCUCCUGACAAGAGGACAGACGCAGGAUGAGAUAAGUAGGCUGAGUGGAGCCGCAGUCUCAACUCGGGGGAGGUACAUGACUGCAGAAGAGAAAGCAAAAGUUGGACCUGGAGAUCGUCCAUUAUACUUGCACGUCCAGGGGCAAACGCGAGAACUGGUGGAUAGAGCGGUAAACCGAAUCAAGGAAAUCAUUACAAACGGCGUUGUGAAAGCUGCCACUGGAUCCAGUCCAACUUUCAACGGAGCUACAGUUACCGUCUACCACCAACCUGCCCCCAUCACUCAGCUGCCUCCGGCUGUUGGCCAGAAGCCCUCCUUCCAGUCAGGAGGAAUGCACUAUGUCCAGGACAAAUUGUUUGUUGGCUUGGAACACGCUGUACCUACCUUCAACGUAAAGGAGAAAGUCGAAGGCCCAGGCUGCUCCUACUUGCAACAUAUCCAGAUUGAGACCGGCGCCAAGGUGUUCCUCCGGGGGAAGGGCUCUGGGUGCAUCGAACCUGCCUCUGGCCGAGAAGCCUUUGAGCCGAUGUACAUUUACAUCAGCCAUCCAAAACCGGAAGGCCUUGCAGCUGCCAAAAAGCUUUGUGAGAACCUGUUACAAACAGUUCAUGCUGAAUACUCACGAUUUGUGAACCAGAUAACCACGGCAGUCCCCAUAACAGGGUUUGCGCAGCCCGCAGCUUUAACGACUGUCCCUCCUCAGCCACCGUAUUACCCCCCAAGCGGCUUUCAGGCAGGCUACCCUGUGGUUCCGCCCCCUCAGCAGCCGGUACAGCCUCCUUAUGGGGUGCCAGGCAUUGUGCCUCCUGCUGUUCCGUUGGCGCCGGGAGUGUUGGCACUACCCACCGGAGUCCCACCUGUGCCCACCCAGUACCCAAUUACGCAAGUGCAGUCUCCCGCUAGCACUGGCCAGACGCCGCUGAGCGCCCCUUUCCUCCCGGCCGCCCCUGUGAAGACGACCUUGCCUGCCACCACGCAGCCGCCAGGUCAGCCCCAACCCCAGCCGGGCCAGAAAAGGCGUUUCACCGAAGAGCUGCCGGAUGAGCGGGAAUCUGGGCUGCUGGGAUACCAGCAUGGACCCAUUCAUAUGACUAAUUUAGGUACAGGCUUCUCCAGUCAGACCGAGAUGGAUGGAACGGGUUCGAAGCCAGCAAGUUCCUCAGGAAAGGAGAGAGAGAGGGACAGGCAGCUGAUGCCUCCACCGUCUUUACCAGUGACCGGGAUGAAGAUGGAGCCUGACGACCGGAACGGGUCCUUAGUGGGCGGCAAUGCUAAGAAGAUGAAAACCGGAGAAAAGGGAUUUGGCCUGGUGGCUUACGCUGGCGACUCCUCGGAUGAAGAAGAAGACCACGGGGUUCACAAAACCGCAAGUAGCUACUCGCAGACAUGGAGCUUAGGAUACCAGUACCCCUCGCCGCAGCAACGGGCAAAGCAACAGAUGCCAUUCUGGAUGGCACCUUAGCUGCUGCAGCUGCAGUUGCCUCCGCCACCUUCCACCUGAUGUCUCUCUCUCAAGCAAUAACACGUGUAUAUUAUCAAAGAAUCUCUGCAAAAUGUACAUCGGCCCUGACCUCUUUGCACAAGCUUCUGAGAUGCAGUAUGGCCCUUUCUGUGCCAGGGGCUCCGUUUUUGUGUUUUCAUUUUAUUUCUUU